AUUGUUGCAAAACCUGAUACCUACUCUGGACAUACUAAAUUGCCAUUAUUUUCAAUGAUUCUAAUAACACAUUGGGUUGUUGAUGAAUUGCAUAUUUUAUUACGGAUUUAUGAUCGACUCUGGGGAUUGGCACUUCAAGAAU